AUGGGCGGACCACUCGACGCCGUCACGACGUAUGCCCCGCCGCAUGCGCGCCGGCCGACGGUGAUACGUAAGUUCACCACCGGCGGCGGGUGGGACCAGCCGCGGUACCUUUUCGAAGACGCGACUGGCCGCCAGCCGCCGUACGCGCCGUUCUUGCACACGACCGUAAGCGACGCCGGGACGCUGCGGCCUCCACGCACGUCGCACCUGUUUGAGAGGGUUCAGAGCAUCCCCUCUGACGUGCUCGUCCUGCUUGCCGAGUCGCAGCACCUCAAAAACCACGAGACGCAGGUCAUGCUCCCGCCGUAUCUCUACCGCUUGCGCGUGCCCUGCGAUCAGUGCCGCGUCUUCGGCAAGGACGACUGCUUCUUCCACGACGUGCCGACGCAGCAAGGGCGUGUGGUGCGCGUCGUGUAUGGCGAGUGGACGGGAGUGUAG